UCCAGAGACACGUAAUAAAGAACAGUUCGCUUAAGUUCAAGACAAUCGGAUUCGUCUCUCGUUUUCCAGUGCUUUCGUAUCGACUUGAAGUUUCUCGCCCUUUGAUUUCCCCAACCCUUGUUUUUCAGUCUCUAAUCGUUCACCGGAUGAUGAGACCACUUUUCGUGGGAAACUUCGAGUAUGACACUCGUGUUUCUGAGUUGGAGCAUUUGUUCCGCAAAUAUGGGAGAGUGGAGCGUGUAGACAUGAAAUCCGGACUUUACACUUGGGAAUUAGGCCCUUUUAAUAUGCUACACCUUCUUGGUUUAGUAUCUCAUUCAUCACACGCCAUGACUCUGCUCCUUUCAUCAGCCCUACACGUUCAUGCAGGAUAUGCUUUUGUAUGUUUCGAGGAUGAGCGUGAUGCAGAGGAUGCAAUUCGAGGCCUUGACAAUAUACCGUUUGGUUACGAAAGGCGAAGGCUUUCAGUCGAGUGGGCAAAGGGAGAGCGUAUCAGACCUCGUGAUGAUAGGUUUCUUGGAAAUCAGAAACCUACAAAGACAUUGUUUGUUAUAAACUUUGACCCGAUCCACACGAGGGAGCGCGACAUAUUCAGACACUUUGACCGAUAUGGCGAAGUGCUUAACGUUAGAAUUCGGAGGAACUUUGCGUUUGUUCAAUUCGCUACACAGAACGACGCUACAAAAGCCCUCGAGUGUACACAAAGGAGCAAGUUACUGGACAGGGUUAUAUCAGUUGAAUAUGCUCUAAGGGACGACGACGAUAGGCACAAUAGAGGAAGCUAUGGAAGGUCUCCAAGCCCGGAUUACCACAGGAGGCCGAGUCCUGAUUACGGUCGACGGCCUCUUAGUCCUGAGUACGAAAGGUACAUGGGUUCAUCGAGCAGGACCAAGAGCCCGAGCUAUGAUCGAUACAGAAGCCGAUCUCCACUUCUGAGGAAGUGAUGAAACAUAACGGAGCUGAACUGAAGAAGACAGGAACCGAGCUUGGUUUUGUACUGCAUACGAGGGUGGCUUAUAUAUAAAGCGAUAUAAAUAUAUGUAGUGAAAAAUAUGUGGUUUUUAGAAGUGAAAACGUUUUGGAGAUUUGGGUGAGAGCUUUGUUGUACUUUUGCCAUGGAUGGUUUGAAGAACACGGUAAUGUUUAAUCCACCCUUUGUAAAAAAUAUAUAUGCCACUUGCUGGUCCAUCGAUUGUAUCCUUUUCAAGAUCUUAA